CACCACUUCAACUCUGACACAAACCAGCAAAAAAUCUUCGUCCUUCUCUUCACCACCGAUUUUCUUCGUCCUUUUUUUUUUUCCUUUUACCUUGUUGUUUAAGGAAGUAUCAUUAAAAUAAGUGUUUAAUCAGAGCUGCUCUCAUGUUCAAGGGUUUAUUGCCUACCCCUUUGGCCAAUUUACUUUGAAAAAUGAGUUCUUUUCAAUGAUAAUUCUCUAAAAGUUUAGAAAGUAAAAAUGUCACAGUUCAGCGUGAUUCACUGCAACAGUAAGUGAUAAGACAUGAUGGAAUGUGCACAAUUUCAUACAUUGCUGUCCGUUGGGGUUGCCUCGAAUCACACAGUGAUGAUGACAGACAGGUUCUGUCUGGUUGUGGCUUCACGAGUUUCCUGCCACCGCUUACUCUAUUCUUCAAGUGAACGCAUCUGCUGAUUUUCGUUUUCAAAUUCACACUGAAAUUUGUAGAUAGACAGAGAUAAGACAUGGCUCUGGCAUUGAACAUCUCAGUGGGUUUCCCACACCAGCGUUGCCCCACUCUCUUCAAACCCUCCAGACCAAUUCUCUCCUUCCCCACCGCUUCCGCUGUCUCCUCUUUAACGCAACUCAGCGUUUCCGUAGGUGAAGAUUUCCCCGACAACUACAGCGAUUGGAUUCCCAACUCCGACCUUCGCAGAAGAUGCGGCAUUCUACUCCAUCCGACGUCGUUUCGAGGGCCCCACGGCAUCGGCGAUCUCGGUCACGAGGCCUUCCGUUUCAUCGAUUGGCUCCACCGCGCCGGUUGCUCCGUUUGGCAGGUUCUUCCUCUCGUGCCGCCUGGCAGAAAAGCCAACGAAGAAGGAUCCCCUUACUCUGGCCAGGAUGCGAAUUGUGGCAACACGCUCUUGAUCUCUCUUGAAGGCCUCGUCGACGAUGGGCUGUUGGAAAAACACGAGCUUCCAGAACCGAUUGAUGCAGAGCGCGUCAAUUUUUCAGUUGUUGCUGAACUUAAGGAUCCUCUGAUAACCAAAGCUGCAGAGAGGCUCAUUUCAAGUGAAGGAGAACUCAAAACGGAGUUCGAGAAUUUCCGAAGAGACCCUGAUAUAUCAAGCUGGCUUGAAGAUGCAGCAUAUUUUGCUGCUAUUGAUGACAGUUUAAACACAUUCAGCUGGUACAAUUGGCCUGAGCCUUUAAGAAAUCGCCAUCUUGUAGCUCUAGAAGACAUUUAUCAACAGAAACAAGAUUUUAUAAAUGUAUUUAUUGCCCAACAGUUCUUGUUUCAAAGGCAGUGGCAGAAAGUCCACAGCUAUGCACAGAGUAAGGGAAUCAGCAUAAUGGGAGACAUGCCAAUAUAUGUUGGUUAUCAUAGCGCCGAUGUUUGGGCAAAUAAGAAACAGUUUUUACUGAACCGGAAAGGAUUUCCUCUUUUAGUGAGUGGUGUUCCUCCUGAUGCAUUCAGUGAAACUGGUCAGCUAUGGGGCAGCCCCCUAUAUGAUUGGAAAGCCAUGGAGAAAGAUAGAUACUCAUGGUGGAUUCGUCGCAUUCGACGAGCACAAAAUCUAUUUGAUGAAUUUAGGAUUGACCACUUUAGAGGAUUUGCUGGAUACUGGGCUGUUCCCGCUGAAGCAAAAGUAGCUAUGCUUGGAAAGUGGAAGGUAGGACCUGGGAUGUCCUUGUUUGAUGCCAUUUUCAGAGCUGUUGGAAGGAUUAAUAUAAUAGCAGAAGACCUGGGAGUUAUCACUGAGGAUGUAGUCCAACUAAGAAGAUCCAUUGGAGCACCUGGAAUGGCUGUUCUCCAGUUCGGAUUUGGAGGCGAUGCUAAGAACCCUCAUUUGCCUCAUAAUCAUGAGUGCAAUCAAGUUGUCUAUACAGGGACUCAUGACAAUGACACAAUCAGAGGCUGGUGGGAAGCUUUGAACCAAGAAGAGAAAUCCAAGGCAUUAAGUUAUCUUUCCUUAAAUGAGGGAGAUGACAUUUCUUGGGGUCUAAUCCAGAGAGUAUUGGGCUCUGUUUCUCAAACAGCAAUAAUACCUAUGCAAGAUGUUCUUGGAUUGGGUAAUUCUGCCAGGAUGAAUAUUCCCGCAACUCAGUUUGGGAACUGGGGUUGGAGAAUUGCAAAUUCGGUGAGCUUUGAUGGCUUGGAGAGAGAGGCAGACAGACUCAGAGAAAUGCUUUCAAUGUAUGGCCGGCUUUGAUUAUGGAAUUCCUUUUUGAGUGUAAAGUUGAAGAGUUCUCUUUUUGAGCGGAAGCUUAAGUUAAGUGGAAAAUGCAUGAUGUUGAUAAAUGAAAACUGGGUGCUUGUGUUGGGGUCAAGUAAUUUGAGAAGGCUGGAUGCUUCAAUGGAAAUUUGUAAAAAGGAUAAUGCCGAUCUCUUGUUGUAAUGUAACAUGCUUGUUUAAAUAUGAAAAUAAGAGAUAUGUUAUAUUAUAUCAA